AUGGACGAGGAAGCAUCUUUCGCCAGUCUCCUCUCUUCCACCACCCGCCCCUCCCAGCCACGAUGGGACCCUGCCCCCGCCGACGCCGACCCAUGGGCAAACCCCUUCGCAGCGGACGGCCCAAGUGCAGACCCCUUCGCCAACAUGGGCGCCUCCAUCUUUGCCCCCCUCCCCGCUGCAGCAUCAUCUCCGUCUCGUGCACGGGAGGACGUGGGGGAAUCUCCCUACGUCCAAGAGCUGAAGAAGGACUACGACCAACCGGACCCUCCUUCGGUCAUUGCUGCGCGCGAGAGGGAGCAGCGGGCUCUGUCCCCCGGGCCAGGGGAGGGAGUGUACGCUUCGAGUGCAUUCGCUUCACCAGUGCCGAUGGCGGGUGGUGAAGACCCAUUCUCGAAUCCGUUUGCCCCGGCGUCGUCGUCUAUACCAAUAGACCCCGCGAGCCAGCCGUUCACUCCACCACUCUCCCCACCACGCCCCCCUCAAGAAUUGGGUUCAGUGCCCAAGGAGGCAGUGGAAGACAAGAAGCAGGGGAAAGAAGUGUUGCUCAAGGGGCUGAUAGAUGAAGACUUGAUGGCAGAGAGUGACCCCGAACUGUCUCUAAAGAAGGCAUUCAAGAAGUCAGAGAGGGUUGCCCCUGCCCCGAAGCCGGUCAAGGAAGAUCAGAAGGAGGUGCAUGCUACCACACCGACAUCGGUGACUCCAACUGCCCAGCAUUCACCACCCAAACCCUCAUCCCCCAAAUCCGACCCGCCCAAGACACCGCCAAGUCCCUCUCACGUCCCUCUCCCGGCAUCCGAAGUGUCCACGCCCGUGGUUAGCCGCCAUCCCACUCCCUCACCCCUCCCAAUCAAUUCUAGCCAAGAUGUUGAUUCUCAGUCAGAUGAUGGGACGAUGCGGCAAUUGACGACGCCUUCGGAAGACAGGGUCUCGGUCUCGCCGCUGAAUGCACCAGAUGACCCAGUCGAGGACAAGUUCGAAGGGCUUAGUGUGGGCGGGUCUGUGCCGUAUGCUGCUCCAGCCGAUGGUGCUCCCACCAAAGCCGACUCGCCGAUGCAGUCGACUCCAAAGAGCACCAUUCCCUGGGCUGGGGAGAAGCAUACGCCCGUCAGUGCGAGGUUUGGCGGUAGAGGAUGGGGCGCGCUGGACGAUGAUGGGGAUGAAGAAACAGGCGAGAGUUUGUUUGGUAGUGCAAGCGGUGGGCCGCUCGGAGCGAGUAGUGCUGCUGUCGGGAGCGGAGAGCUCUGGGGAGGGGACGAAGGUGGUUGGGAAGAGCCAGGCACAUCGUCAUCAUUCUCCCAAGUAUCUUCCGAGCCCGAAGAGCUCAGCACAGAGGAAGAACCCACCACCCCCACCGCGCCCUCUUCUGCGCUCCCCAUCUCCACGCCCACCGAGAACUCUUCGCCCUCCCGCCAACGACUCCCCUACUUUGAAAUUAUCAUCUCCGACCCCACUCGCAUGGGCGACCCGGUCCGAGGUUAUAUCCUCUACACUAUCCGCACGUCCACGUCCUCUCCGCAUUACCGCCAGCGUAGCUUUUCUUGCUUGCGAAGAUACUCGGACUUUUUGUGGCUGGUCGAGAUGCUGGAGAGCAACAACCCCGGUGUGGUUGUGCCGCCUGUCCCGGGGAAACAUCCCUGGGGGCGGUUCGAAGAUACGUUUGUAGAGACCAGACGGCGAGCUCUAGAGAGGUGUCUGAAAAAGAUUGUGGGACACCCGAUCUUGCAGCUCGACCCUGAUCUGCGACUCUUUCUCGAGUCGGACAACUUUGGGUACGAGGCGAAAGAGAGGAGACAUCAGGUGGCAGCCCAACAAGCUUCUGCGCCUGCUAUCGCCGAGAAGGGUGGAUUGUUGAGCGGCUGGACAGGCAGCGGCAAGUUUAUCGAGACGGACGACUGGUUUGAAAGCCGUAAAAUCUUUUUGGACAGUCUUGAAACCCAGCUUAAGAGUCUUGCCAAGGGCCUCGAGGUAUCUAGCAAGCAUCGACUCGAGCUCUCGCUCUCCCUCGCCGAACUCUCGUCGUCCCUUUCGGCACUGGCGGAAUCCGACCUGGGAGCCUCCCUCUCCGCGCUUCUCGCGCAAGUGGCCAACCUCCUCGCUGGAUCACAGGCACAGACGGAACAGGCAGCCAAAGACGAAGUGGCUUACAUGUUGAACCUGGCGGAAGAGUAUGUGCGGUUCAUUGGCAGUGUGAGGGCGGCAUGGGCUGGGAGGGUUGAGGGGUGGAAAAAGUUUGAGACGGCGAGGAGGGAGGCUGCUAGGUUGAAGGGGGUUUGGGAGAAGAGAGGUGGUAAUGGGCGUGACGUCGCUGAGGCAGAAGAUCGUGCCAAGUCAUUGCAACAAGACUAUCUCCGCCUCACCCAACUGUGCAAGUCGGAGUUUACCCGAUUUGAGCGAGAGCGCGUGAUCGAGUUUAAAGAAACACUCGAAAAGUACCUGGACGGAAUGAUUGCGAGGGAAAAGGAGAUGGUCGAGGCCUGGGACGGGGUGGUGGGAAUGUGUGUCAGGGUCGUGGAAAGGGGACGGGAAGCACAGGGAUAG